UGCUGGACGUGUUUGCUGUGAGCUGCGAGCGAAUUGAAUUGAAUCGAAACGAAACGUUAAGAGAACGGAGCACAAGCCAGAAAAUAUAGGGAUAGGCGACGAGGAGACAGACAGGAAAACAAAGGAGCCACGGGAAAACAGCAAAUAUAAUUAAUAUUACUCGGCCGUGUUAGUGUUGCGAAUGCGAAUAUUGCCGAAAAUUUCCAUUAGUGAUUGCCCCGUCGCUUGAGUGCGUGCAGAGAAAAGUAGGUUACGGCGGAAAGGACUUUGAGGUCGGACGGUCGGUGGCUCGUGGAAAACGCUCACCACAUUUUCCGUGUGCAUGUGUGUAGGCCGCUGGGUGCCGAGAAAAUGCAGUGCGAGUGCCACAAAGGCGACAAAGGCAAAGUGCAAAUGGCUUGAUAGAAAAUAGCAAAUGAACGAGCCAGCCCAUUUCCCAAAUACUUCGAUUCAUACUCUCCAGCCGACAAGGGAAAAGUGAUAUUUUUACAACUGUGGCCUGCUUUUUGCACAGUCCAAAUAAAACCACACAGACACACACACACCGACAGACACACAGACAGACAGACAGGGGGGAAACAAGCGGAACCCACACAAACACACACGACAACUAUAUAGCAAUAUAUGCCCAUUGAGUGCCUUAUAUCAUUUGAUAAUAAUCCACAAGGUGUCUACUAUGCCGGACAGGAGCUAUCCGGCGUUGUUGAUCUCAGCGUCGACGCCACAAAGCGUAUUAAAGGCAUCCACGUCACCGUCAGCGGCUAUGCCAAGAUACGCUGGAUAAAAAAGGGAUAUCCGCGCGAGAGCGAGCGCGCCAUGUGCCGUGCCUACCGAUCGUACCUGUCCUCGCGGUCCUACGUCCUGGGAUCCUGCGCGAACAACUCGAGCAUCGACUGGCAGGCCGGCGAGUACUCGUACACAUUCCACGUCAUUCUGCCCGACAAUCUGCCCACGUCCUUCGACGGCAAGUAUGGCCAGAUCCACUACGAGAUCAUAACGACCAUCGAGCGGGCCGGGCGUUACCCAAAGGUCUUCAAGCUGCCAUUCACCGUGAUACAACCGCUGGACUUGAACGCCGAUGCGAUUUACAGGGUUCCACUGGAGAUCCUCGAUCGGAAGCGCUUCUGGAGUUUCUGCUGUCCCACGGGUCCGCUGACGGUGAAGUUCUCGACGCCGUACUGCGGAUAUGCGCCCGGCCAGAAGAUCCACUUUGUGCUGUACAUCAACAACGAGUCCUCGAUCGACAUCACCGAGUGCGAGGUCAAGUUAAAGCAGGAGGUGAGCUACGAGUCGCACGAUCCGCAGCACGAGUACCGCUAUGACAAGCACCUGAUCGCCCGGAAGCAGUUCGGAAACGUGCUGAGAUGGUCGAGGAAGGUGUAUCGGGGGUACCUGGAUCUGCCCUCCAUACCGCCCACUUCAGUGAAGCCCACGUGCCCCAUUAGCGUUAACUAUUCGAUUAAGAUCAUCGUGAAUCCCACGGAGUUCCACUGGAAGCUUAAGCUGAAGAUCCCGCUGACCAUCGGCAGUAUUCCGAUAAUGGAUGGCCCGGAGGCCCUGCUGCGAUUCAAUCGCCAGCAGCAACAGCACCAAGUAGUUAGUCAAAAUUUACAAUUGUCCACGCAGCAGCGGCAGCGUCAAAGGGAUCGUGACCGCGACAGGGAUAGGGAUAGGGAUCUGAAUCUGGAUCGAGAUAGAGAUCGGGAUAGGGACCGGACAAGUGCCUCAAUUCAGCAGCGACGUCUAAGCAACAUCAACAACAACAAUCAUGGACGCCUCGUGGGUGGACUACUGCCGACCAAUAGCAAUAUGAAUAUGAUAGUGAAUGCCAGUCCCACGCCCACGAGCUCCACGCCCUCAUCAACGCCAACAACUGCCGCCCUCAGGCCCACGGCAAUGCCAGCGAUAUUGGUGACCAGCGAUAGCGAUAAUCCCCCGGACUACAUACCGAUGAUGCCGCCCUCGUACGAAGAUGCCAUGGCUCUGAGUGAGAAAUUCAGCGAUGAUACUGAGUUCUUGACCAACGUUAGCAUGAGCAGCAUUUUGUCCGCUCAAGCUGAUGUUACUACAAGUGAGCCCUUUAAGCCGCGUUAUCCGGUCUAUUACGAUUAUGAGACACCGACCAUACCGCCCGAGAGGCUUUACGAUGAGUCCAGUUCCCAGCUGCGGCUCACACUCAGCUGUCAGGACUCGGCACCACCGGGAGCGGAAAUGGAUGAGGAGGUAACUACGAAUACACCCGGAGGAGCGUCCCUCGCCUGCGAAAAAAAAUGAGACGGCCUGGGAUCAAUCGAUAUGGAAAGAGCUGCAUCAAAUGUUAUCCAAUAAGGCAACCGCAACAACACUUACAUAUUUACUCGAAAUCAAAAUAUUAUAGAAAUGGAUAAUUCAAACCAAGCGCUAACGUUUAGUAGUUCUUAAGUCUGAGGCGUAAAUAAAAAUUGGAUAUAGCAAAUCGAACACAUUUUUAUAGAACCAAGCCUGAAAGGUAUAUAUUUUGCAAAAGUAUUUAAAUUAUCUACACUAAGAUGGAUUUACUUUUGAAUUCAUUUCAGUUUCCCCAGAGUAAUGUCAAUAAUUUUAAUUUGUAUUAAAUCUUUCUUCUAUCAACCCUAAGCUUACUCUUAACUACUUCCUAAUCCUAGUUUCGUCCUUUUUCUUCAACUAUCUGAUUAACUUUUUUUGAUAAAUAUUUCAAAUCGUAUGCAGAUUGAGUAUACAAUUCCAUAGGGCCAUAAUACAGUGAUCGCUGGCUACAUAUAUACGAACAACGUAGUGAAAAGUUAGAUGAAAUCCUUUAGCCCUUAAGAUUAAGAUAAACUCCCAGAAAAUCUGCACAAUUUUACCCAAAGGAGAGUCGGAACUAAUACGAAAUUAACAUUUUCCAAUAUUGAAUAUGUAUUUAUAAAGUAUCUAUGAAAAAUUUACAAGCAAAGAUUAGCCAAAUUGUACUUAGUUCUCUAUUAUUUUGCAUUACCUAUCAUAUAUUAUAUUUGUAUCAGUCAUCACAUCAUCAUAACCUUUAGGUGUCUAAACGAGAUAUUGUCUAACUAAAUAUAUAAAAGUGUCUUUUGCUCUAGUUUAUAUACAAGCGUUUAACUUUAGAUUGUGUAAACCCUUUUACUAUAUACUUUGUACUUCCUCUGAUUUUAAAGCCAGUCUAACCAGCAAUCAUAUAAGUCUAUUCCUAAGUCUUAACUGUCUUCAAUUCGAUUCAAUCCGAUUUAAUAAAGCUAAACAAGCAAAAUAUAUU